CCAGCCGAGCCCUCGGGAGUGUCCCCCGCCGCCGGGACCUGCGCUAGGAUCCCGGAGAGGGCAGGAUCAUUCUGAGAUGAGCCACCUGUAACUGGGGCCGGCCUCGUUGCCAGGGCUCCCUGCCCCGCGAGGAUGAGGAGCCGUCUGCCGAUCUAACAGAAAGGUUUGGUGGAGGUGGUUGUUUUAUUUUUUUCCCAAACGUCGUGAAGUUUCAUGUGAGAGCGGAGCCGCUUCCUGCACCCUCCUUGUGCCACCUCGCAGCCAAGGGCUCGGCGGGGCUGGGCCACCACCAUGGCGGCGAAGCAGCCCCCGCCGCUGAUGAAGAAGCACAGCCAGACCGACCUGGUGAGCAGGCUGAAGACACGCAAGAUCCUGGGCGUCGGCGGGGAGGAUGAUGAUGGCGAGGUCCAUCGCUCCAAGAUUAGCCAAGUACUGGGAAAUGAAAUCAAGUUUGCAGUCCGGGAACCACUGGGACUCAGGGUCUGGCAGCUGGUUUCCGCCAUCAUGUUCUCCGGGGUUGCCGUCAUGGCCCUCGCUUUCCCUGACCAGCUCUUUGAUGCCAUCUUUGAGGAGGAGUCAGUGAGCAGCAAGACUCCCAUCCGGCUCUAUGGAGGAGCCCUCCUCAGCAUCGCGCUCAUCAUGUGGAACGCGCUGUACACGGCCGAGAAGGCCAUCAUUCGCUGGAGCCUGCUGGCCGAGGCCUGCUACUUCGCCGUGCAGUUCCUGGUUACCACUGUCUCCCUGGUUGAGAGUAGCCGGAUAGCCACAGGUGCUGUGCUCCUCCUGGUCAGCCGAGCCCUCUUCAUCCUCAUCAGCAUUUAUUAUUAUUACCAAGUUGGACGUCGUCCCAAGAAAGUCUAAUUCCUGGGCUUUUUUUGUUAUGGGAAAGGUGGGAGGGGGGAGUUUGUGUCGGUAAUUUUGCGUUUUAAUUAUAAUUUUUUUAUUUUUUUUUUUAGUCCCUUUUGGUUCUAAAGUAGUUUCCUUCUUUACCGGCAUGAAUUAGUGUGUAACCCAGUGCCAGGUGAAAUGGGGGGAGCAACAUCAGCAGGACCCCCCAGCCCCUCUGCAGGAGGUGAGGAGCAGCAGGAGGAAGGCUCAGGGAAGUGUGUGGGCCUGGCAGGCUCAGGGAAAAAAGCCAGUUUUCUAUGAGGAACUGGCUGAUGGGAUCACAGGCUCUGAACCCACUGGAACAAAGCACAAAAUAAGGCCAGCAUAUUGAAACCAAAUCCCUGAGGAGACAGGGCAGUAAGACAACCAACAAAGCACUUGGCUACUCUACUUGGUAAGCCUUUCACCUCUCCUGGUUUUCAGCCCAGUCCCCUUUUAGCAAGUACUGACUGUCUAGGUAGGCAGGAGCUGGAUGGGGGCAAGUUCAGUGCUUUGCAAACAGCUCUUCUUUCCUCACUGCCAGAGGUGCAUUUUUGUGUAGUUCAUAGUUUUGCACCAGAUGCUGUGCAGAGCUUGGCAGGAGAUACAGCAAAAGAAGAGGGAGAACCCUUGCUUGUUCCCUCUGCAGGGACAGCACUGGGAACGUGGAGCAACUUGAAUUACAAGAUGUGAGAAGUGAAGGAAGCUAUUGGAAAUAGCCCAUUGAGCACAAAGACAUCCCCUUGUUUGGGGUGUUUCGUGAAGUUUCUAGGCUGGGGUCCUGUCCCCUUCACCCCAGAACACUUCCUACAGUUGAAGCUUUACUAAUGUUAGUAGCAGUGGUGGGUGUGCAGUAGCUUUAUCUGAUGCUUUAGUUGAGCAGGGAGUGCUGUUGUGGUUAGCACUGGUAAGAGCAGAGGACUGUAACAGUAGGAGCCUCUGCACAGAUGCUUGGGUCAGUGAGCAGCCUCUAGACGUGGGCUCUGGCUGUGGGAGAUGGUGUUCCAACUCUGCUAAUAUCUGCAUCACAUCUCUUCUGAUGUUGAGAAGAGAGCACCAAAGUUUGUAGCAUUAAAAUAUUUAAUAUUUAACUGGGAUGAAGAACAGCAAGGAGCAGAGCAUACGAUGGCAAGGAUAGACCAAAUGUGCUUUAGUACUCACUAGCCAGUUUCUCCAACACCUCCUGGGCUUAACAGCAUUGACUGCCCUGCAUCCGAGUGCUUUCCAUGUGGAUUAUCCCUGUCCACAGCUUGAGGCAGCAUUUUUUAUUCUCCAUGGGACUAAAGCCAGAAGGUCUGUGUACAGGAUAUGGACUUGUUACUCAUGCACUACUGUUGACUGGAUCAAAGCAUGCCCUGGAAUAUAGCUGACGUUCCAAAAUCCCAGUAGAAAGAUUCCUACACAAACAGAACUGCUUGUGUGAACAACAGUCCUCAAGCCACUGGUAAGACUGGGAUCUACAGCUAUUCCUAUUUAAUAUCUUAGUAGAGUUAGAAGAAGGUAGUGGGUAGUUAUUGUAUGUUGUGUUAGUGCUUUUGGCAUUUAGAAGCAGCUGCAUAAGCUUGGGACACUGUGUGCAUUGUACUUACUGGCCAUGCAAAAUGUGUGUCACAUCAGAAUAUUGGAAAUUGUUGAAUCAGGAAACAUCACAACUGUAACGUAGUUUUUUGCCUAAUAAGUAAAUCAAAUGGAGAGGCAACAUCCAACAGCAGGCUAAGUUUUGGAGCCUCAUGACAACACACGCUUGUCAAGCUGCUUUCAGCAUGUCCAAAAAUGAUGCUGAGCAACUAAAAAUUUUAAUUAAGAGUGUUCCUGUUCAGAUGGAAGAAUUGGGGUCUAAGAGGGAAACCUUUCCCUGUGAGGCAUGUAAUGAUCAGAUAUAGGCUGGAGAGGAUCAGAAAUUAGACCAAGUGGUGCAGCAUGCAGGAGCUGGAGCAUGGCAUGCUGUGGCUGUUGCUCUCCCCUGUGCAUCACCUGCAUGGGCAGCUGCAAUGGCCUCAGUGUGGCACUUUGGCUGUAGUUUUGGGUAGAGGUACGUGAAGUUUGAUUCUUUGUGUUUUGGGGCGUCACAUGAAUGUAUACACAGAUU